AUUUCUCAACAAACAGCAACAAACAGCCGAAGCGUGAGCAACUCACGGACCGGGCAGAUGAAGAGAACUGUGGUGUGGAGUUAGAGAGUUCGCCGAACGCGCCACAUAUCCGUUAAUCUCGUUUGCUUUCAAAACAAACACUUUUCUACUGCUCGUGUGCCGCUGUGAUGUGUUUUCGGACGCUUUUCUGUGAUUUUAAUUUACCGCAAUUAGUUCAAAAUGGCAAUUGAAAAUAAAUGGUUUUCAGUGAAAUGGAAAAAUAACCUUAAAAGCCGAUUUUUGCCGCCGAAAAAAAGGUGGAACGUAGGCGUGUGCAUUAUUGAAACGCAUAAAACAUUUUUCUUGUUUUUUGUUGGUAGCUUGUGCAAAAAUUCUUAGAAUUCUCGACAACAUUCCCGCGCACACACGCACACAUACAUAAGUGUGAUAUAUACAACCGCGAGCAUAUAUUUGUGUUUUCUAAACACACAUACACACACACACACACACACUCACGAGAGAAGAGCCAACGAACUCGUGCAGCGACGCCCAAGAAUGAAACAGCACAAGGCAACAUGAAAAUUACAAGAGAAGCUCCAACAACAGCAACAACAACAACAAAAACGACAGCAACAACAAACUUUCCAAAGAAGUUGUAGAAGUCUCCAAGCUAAAGAAGAAGAAAAGCGUCCCACAGCAGCCCCAACAGUAUUUUAUUAGCGGGUGUUGUUGUUGUCAUAUUAAACAUCCUACCCUAAUUCAACGUUUACGUUCCAUAUGCAGAAAAUUUAAUGUAGAGCCCCGAUUCCGAUUCCGAAUCCGAUUCCAAAGAGAUCUGACGACGCCUUCGCAGCGAAACAACGACUAGAAUACUAUUUAUUUAUGUGAUUAGUUACUAGUUUUUAGUCUAUACACCUGUAAGAAACCAAAAGAUACAAACCAAAAAAGCAAGUCCAAAAAAAGCAUCAAAAAUGCAUUCCAAAAUGUUGCUUACCGUAGUGAUAGUCAACUGUUUGGCGUAUCCGCGCCUCGGUGAGGCCUGCUCCAGUCGCACGGUGCCCAAGCCGAGGCCAUCGAUCUCGUCAUCCAUGUCCGGGACAGCUUUGCCGCCGACUCAGGCCCCGGCCACCACCAGCACCACCACGAUGCGAACAACAACAACCACGGCGCGUCCCAACAUCACAUUCCCCACGUACAAAUGCCCGGAGACGUUCGAUGCGUGGUACUGCCUGAACGAUGCCCAUUGCUUUGCCGUUAAGAUAGCCGACCUGCCGGUCUACAGCUGUGAGUGCGCCAUCGGGUUUAUGGGACAGCGGUGCGAGUACAAGGAGAUCGACAACACCUACCUGCCGAAGCGGCCGCGUCCGAUGCUGGAGAAGGCGAGCAUCGCCAGCGGAGCGAUGUGCGCUCUGGUCUUCAUGUUGUUCGUCUGCCUGGCCUUCUAUUUGCGCUUCGAGCAGCGGGCUGCUAAGAAGGCAUUCGAACUGGAGCAGGAGCAGCUGGAGUACGAGGACGAUGAGGCGCAGUGCGAGUGCUGCCGCAAUCAGUGCUGUUCACUGGCCAGUGAUGAGCCCGUGAUCCAUGAGCGCAAGCUACCCUAUCACAUGCGGCUGGAGCACGCACUGAUGUCCUUCGCCAUCCGGCGCAGCAACAAACUGUGAGGAGUCCGACCUUCAGACCUUCGCAGUAAACCACAACAAAAAAAAAAAAAA